CAAUGAGUCGACAGUUUCUAGAUCCAUCUAGAACAUCUGAGAAAGUCCCUUGGUCUUUCCUGAAGAUCUUCUUCUUCUACCUCUGCAAUCCAAAAUUUAAACAUUCUCACAAGCUUCUCUUGUCACUCUCUUCGCCUAUUUGUUUGUUCUCGAAUUCUCAACUCGCAUUAACCCUAACAUUUAUUCAUUCUCGGAGUUGAGUAGAUUUGAGUAAUUACGCGAGAGAACUUUUCGUAGCCAAUUGGAAAACAUGGCGGGAUACGAUUGCUUACCGAUGAAGAGGAAAGAUAUUGACAGAGUUAACAACGAUUUCUCCGAUUUCUCACUGUCUUCACCUGCCAGAUUUGGAUUUGCCACCGAUGAAAUCAAAUCGGUUCCGGUUAACGAAGAGAGAGCUAUUGUUCUUUACAAGCCUCUCCAGCAAUAUCAUCAUCAACCUCCUCACCUUUUUGUUGAUACUGACUUGGUUUCAGGGCUUAAGAAUAGAUUUUUGCGUGAUGCAGUGGUAACUGAUGGUCUAUUAUGUGACGACGAUGAUGAUGAUGAUGAUGACGAAAAACACAAGCAGCAGGCGGUUGUUCGCUGGGACUCAUCCCAGUUCCAGUCCUUUGAGGAACCGCCUGCGCCAGAGAUUACUGAGUUAGAUGGUGAGGAUGAGAUGAUGGAAGAAGCAGCCAUGGAUGUGGAAGAAGCAUCCCUGCCACAGCAGCAGCCGCAGCUCGUGGGAGGGUUGCAUCAGUGGCAGCAGCAGCAACAACUUCAUUGUAUGGUACCACAAUUUCCCCAAACCAACUCUACUCCUAUCUCUUGGUACCGAUGACUUGAUAAUAGUAAAUGUAGAACUAGUCUUUUUCAUUGGUACUUCUGUCACUGUAUAUCUUCUUUUUUCUCUCGCUAGGCUAUCAAUGUCAGUUAUUUGUUGGAUUGAAUGUAAGAGCACAAAGUGAUGUGUCUGGUUCAUGAUUUUCUUUAAGAAAGAACCUUUGUGUUCAUUGUUUCCGAUGUACAAAAUUAUGUUUAAGCAAGGGAUUGCUUGCUUUC